AUUUCCAAACUAAUUUCCUUGCAUAAUUGUUUAAAAUGGAUGAGAAAUUUUUAAGAAAAAAGUCAUUUGCAUUACCGAAAGUUAAUCCAUUUAUUCAUGACCUUCAAUUAUCAAUGAAAGACAAACUGCAGAUCUUGGUCAUGUCUUUUACACUUGCACCGAUUCGACUAUUCCUGAUAUUUAUUCUUCUAAUUUUUGCAUGGUUAAUUGCAUUCAUAUCUACGUUGGGUCUGGAUAUUGAUUCUAAAAAACCAGUUCGAUCAUGGAGGAGAUUCUUAUUCCAAUUGGUUACGAUUUUUGGACGCAUGCAGUUCUUCUGUAUGGGAUUCUUAUGGGUCAAUAUCAAAGGUGAACGUGCAUCUCACAAAGAAGCUAGAGUAAUUGUUGCAGCUCCACAUGCAUCAUUCUUCGAUGCUCUACUCUGGUUUUGCACUCUACCUUUACCAUCCUGCCUGUCUCGUGCAGAGAACAAGCAAGCUCCAAUUAUCGGAACCUUGUUGAAAACAUUGCAGCCGGUUCUUGUCGUUCGACAUGAUCCUGAAUCAAGAAAAAAGACAAUUCAAGAAAUUCACCGCCGUGCGUCAUCACAAAAUGAGUGGCCACAGAUUAUUGUAUUUCCAGAAGGGACUUGCACUAAUGGAAAAGCACUAAUUACCUUUAAAGCUGGUGCUUUUAUUCCUGGAGUUCCUGUGCAACCAGUAUUGAUACGGUACCCUAACUAUUUGGAUACUUUUACUUGGACAAUGAAUGGACCUGGAGGAUUGACACUCUUAUGGUAUUCUUUGUGUCAGUUUUACAUCCGAUUCCAGGUUGAGUUCCUUCCUGUAUAUACACCCUCAGAUGAGGAAAUAGACGAUCCGAAGUUGUAUGCUGAAAAUGUCCGCUUUUUAAUGGCUCAGGCAUUGAAUGUACCUUGCACUGAACACACAUUUGAAGAUUGUCGUUUAAUGUCCCAAGCAAAAUCUAAAGAUUUGCCAAUGGAAGCUGGCCUUGUGGAAUUUUCGAAGCUGAGCAAAAAAUUAGGGAUUGAUAUAAAUGAGAUGAAUGAAAUGCUGGAUGAGUUUGCGUUGAAAUCAAGAUCGUGUAAGGAUGGUUUGAUGGGAAUUGAGGAAUUUGCUGAACUUUUGUGUCUUCCAAUUACUGAGCCUUUGAAAGAACUCUUCAAUUUGUAUGAUAGGGAUGGAAGUGGUAAGCUGGAUUUUCGGGAAUAUGUAAUCGGAAUGUCACUACUUUCUCAUGCUGCAGUUACAGAGAAGUCUAUCAAAAUAGCUUUCAAGGUUUUUGACAGAAAUGGAGACGGUACGGUGACACAUGAUGAAUUGGAUCACGUACUUAAGUCUGUGUUUGGUCAUGAUUUUGAAACACGUAAUAUUUAUGAUAAAAUUGAUCAGGAGAACAAAGGAAGAAUAACCUUCGAUGAAUUUUACGCAUUUGUCAAGAAACGCCCAGAAUAUGCAAAGUUAUUCAUGACAUAUGCAGACCUGGAACAGGAUGAUAUGCCGCAAGAUAAAAUACAUAAUAUUACUCAGAGACGAGCAAGUCAUGCACUUGCUGGAUCAUCAAUUUUAUCAAAUGUCCAAUACAGUAAUCAAGGAGCUAAUGCAAUUCUGAAAGAGAAAAAGGAUGAAUAGAGACUAUAUAUUUGCUUGAAAACCAUCAUUAAAAAUUUGAUUUCCAAGAAUAAAUAUUCAUAAAACUGUGAGAUGCGCAAAAAAAUAGAAUUUUUUUUUGUUUUUGAAAUUGAUAGAUUUAUUCAAAAUAAUUUUUUUUUAUAUUUAUUUAAAAUGCCCCUUGCAUUCUUCUGCCUUGUAACAAAAAUGUUUUUUUAUAAAGUUAUUGCAAUGAUUUCUUAUUAUUUUACCUGUGAAAACUUAGGAAAGGUUGUUUAAUGAAUAAGUUCGUUUGAAGUAAUUCCCAAAUUGAACCGAAGACGCAUCAAAUUAAAUGCAAUUUUGACUUCAUUAGUAUGACAUCUUUCUUCAAAGCACCAGUGUCUCAUGGCGAUUUUGAAUAUAUGUACGUUCAUGUAUAAAUGUGGCAUGUUUUUCUAUAAUUCAGAGUAUUCUGUAAUAGGCUUCUCACAUUUUUGUCAUAUUUGUUGUUAUAUUCACAUACGUUAUUCUGUCACUGAUAAUGUGUAUAUUUAUGGACUCAUUCUGACUUUGCAGUUUUCAUCUUUGAGCGUAUAUUCAUCUGUAAUAAGUAAUUCAAGUUUUUAAUUUUCAUGUAAAAAUAAAUGUUCUUAUCAUU